CCUCACUUCAAGCGCCUGUUAUCAUCUGACUCUGGGCUGCAGCUACAUCCCCACUGCCAGCAAGGUAUGUCAGGGCUAGAGACUGGUCCCAAUGCUGAUGGUCUAGCUGUGUAUAUGGUGUGUGGGUCAGUUUAUUUAUCUUUCUUAUUGCUUUUAUGUUUUAAUCCUUUCAUAGAAUAAAUUAUUAUUAUUAUUAUUAUUAUUAUUAUUAUUAUCACGUGGAAUAACAGGAGAGACACAGACAAAGAGUGCAUCGUUGUAUCUGCCCUCUGUGAGGUGGAGGGAGAAGAAACAUUUUUCUUAAAUAUUGUUCAGACCGGGUCAAGGUACACCAACCUCUGAAUGUAAAAAGUACAAUAGAAAUAAACUAGAAACCCGUAGAAUUGUAGUAGGCAAAAUGUAAAUAAGUUUAAAUGAUACUAAGAACAAAAUAAUAUAAAUGGCAGCAAGUAAUGCACAAUGUAAGGUAGAUGAGACGAAAUGAGAAUACUGGUAGAACCAUUAAAAAAAAUAGCAAACAUAAAAACAAGCAUAUAAAAAUAUGAAAAUGUAACAAGACAAAAAUAUAACAAUAAGCAUAUAUAUCUAUUAUUUUACAUUUUUGUAUUUCUCUAUGCUUGUUUUUUAUGGUUCUAUCUCACUUUGUAUACUACUUGCUGCUAUCUAUAUUAUUACAUUUUUAAUCUCAUUUAAACUUUUCUACAUUUUUACCUACUACGGUAUUUUCUAAACAUUAGCCCCUGGCAAUUCUACUUGCCUCUGUUUGACUGAUACUGUAUUAUUAGUAUUACAUGCUUUUUAACUCUUUUUUUCCCCUAAAAUCUCAGAAUUGAAUUCUUCUUCCACUCAACAUUCAUUACUCCUGUAAGUUUUGUAGGAAUAUUUUGUGUUGGGAAAAUUCCAAAGGGUUUAUAGAGCAGGCAAAUAAACUGGGUGAGCGAGUGUGUUUGUGCUUGUCACAGUAUUAUGAAAAAAAUAGAUGCCUUUGCAUGUAUCAUUAUUAUUAUUGCCAUUUAUAUAGCGCCAACAGAUUCCAUAGCGUUUUACAAUAUCAUAAAAAGGGGGGAUUUAACCAUGAAUAGGACAAUUACAAAAACUUAAAUGAAUGAUAGGACCCUGCUCAAAUGAGCUUACAGUCUAUAGCAGGUGGGGUAUAAAACACAAUAGGACAGGAGAUUUCAAUCAAAUAAGGUGAGAGUAAAGCAGAGCUGGAAGAGAGAGUAAGAGCUUUAGGAGAGAGCAAGAGACAGGUAUGUGAGGGAAAUGUUACUCUGGGAGGCCAUAAGCUUUCCUAAAUAGGUGGGUUUUAAGGCACUUCUUAAAUGAUUGAAGACUAGGGGAGAGUCUGAUGGUGGUAAGCAGGUUAUUCCAUAGGAAGGGAGCCGCCCAUGAGAAAUCCUGCAAGCGUGAGUUGGCCAUCCUGGUGAGAGCAACGGACAGGAGCAGGUCAUAGGCAGAAUGGAAAGACAGAGAAGAAGCAUACCUAUGGAUCUAUGAGGAGAUAUAAGAGGGGCUAGAAUUGUUCAAUGUUUUAUUGGUAUUGAUUAGAAUUGACUCCUAUAGGAUACAGGAAGCCAAUGUAGAGACUUACAGUGGGGUGAGGUGUGAGAGGACCAACUGGAGAGGAAAAUCAGUCUGGCGGCAGCAUUCAUUACAGACUGUAGCGAGGCAGUACGGCUUUUGGGAAGACCAAUUAGGAGAGAGUUACAAUAAUCCAUGUGAAAAAUUACUAGAGCAUGGACAAACUCCUUAGUAUCAUCCCGCGUAAGAAAGGGGUGGAUGCGGGCUAUGGAUUUAAGAUAGAAUCUACAGGAUUUGGUAACAUACUGGAUGUGAGGCUCAAAGAUGAGGCCAGAAUUAAAUAAAACACCAAGACAGGACGCUUUCAAAGAUGGACUCAUGUGGAUACCACUAACUUGAAGGGAGAGCAAAAGAGGAGUCUCAGUAUUAGGAGCACGAAAGACAAGGAGCUCAGUUUUAGAGCGAUUGAAUUUCAGAAAGCAGGAGGACAUCCAGUCAGAGAUGGAAGAAAGGCAAGCAGUGACACUUUGCAUGACGGUAGAGGAGAGGUCCAGGGAGGAAAGAUAUAUCUGUGUGUCAUCAAUGUACAGGUGGUAGUGGAAGGGGACCAAGGACAGAGCCUUGGGGGACUCCAACCGAGACAGGACGAAGGGAGGAGGUAUCAUUAGAAAAGGAGACAAAGAAUGAGCGUUGGAAGAGAUAAGAGGAAAACCACAAGAGGACAGAGUAACCGAUACCCAGUGAUUGAAGAGUUUGAAGAAGGAGAGCAUGAUCAACAGUCAGGGCCGUCUUUAACGCGGGGCAAACGGGGCAGCUGCCCCGGGCCCAGUUUCUCUUGGGGGGCCCGAGGCACCUGCCCCGUGGGCCCCGCUGACCCCGGCGGGUGGGUGGCCGGUCGGGCGGGCAGGAAGGCGGGCGCGCGAGGGAGCACUCAGCGCUUCCUCUUCAGCUCCCUCGCGCACCGCACUGAUGCCGGAGCCGGAAGAUGACGUCAUCUUCCGGCGCCGGCAUCCCUACGCGGCGCGAGGGAGCUGAAGAGGAAGCGCUGAGUGCUCCCUCGCGCGCCCGCCUUCCUGCCCGCCCGACCGGCCACCCACCCAGGAGCCCAGCAGCACCACUGGACCCCAGGGAAUCCCCCAGCACUCCAAAAGGUAAGGAGGCUGGGGGUAUUACAUUAAAAAAAAAAAAUGUGUGUGUGUGUGUGUGUUUGUGUGUUAGUGUGUGUGUUUGUGUGUAUGUGUGUGUUUGUGUGUUAGUGUGUGUGUUUGUGUGUUAGUGUGUGUGUGUGUGUGUUUGUGUGUUAGUGUAUGUUUGUGUGUGUGUGUUUGUGUGUGUGUAUGUGUGUUUGUGUAUGUAUGUGUGUGUUUGUGUGUUUGUGUAUGUAUGUGUGUGUUUGUGUGUUAGUGUAUGUGUGUUAGUGUGUGUGUUUGUGUGUGUUAGUGUAUGUGUUUGUGUGUUAGUGUAUGUAUGUGUGUGUUUAUGUGAGUUUGUGUGUUAGUGUUUGUGUGUUAGUGUGUGUGUGUUAGUGUGUGUUAGUGUAUGUAUGUGUGUGUUAGUGUAUGUAUGUGUGUGUUUAUGUGUGUUAGUGUGUGUUUGUGUGUUAGUGUAUGUGUGUUAGUGUGUUAGUGUGUGUGUAUGUGUGUUAGUGUGUGUGUAUGUGUGUUAGUGUGUGUGUUUGUGUGUUAGUGUAUGUGUGUUAGUGUGUUAGUGUAUGUGUGUUAGUGUGUUAGUGUGUGUGUAUGUGUGUUAGUGUAUGUGUGUUAGGGUAUGUGUGUUAGGGUAUGUGUGUGUGUGUGUCAGCAUGUCUGUGUGUGUGUGUCAGUAUGUCUGUCUGUCUGUGUGUCAGUAUAUAUGUGUGUGUAUAUCUGUGUGUGUCAGUAUGUGUAUGUGUCAGUAUGUCUGUCAGUGCGUCAGUAUGUCUGUUAGUGCAUGUGUAUGCAUGUGUCAGUAUAUCUGUCUGUGUGCCAGUAUGUCUGUGUGUGUGUGUGUCAGUAUAUCAGUCUGUGUGUGUCAGUGUAUGUGCCUGUGUGUGUGUGUCAGUAUUUCUCAGUGUAUGUGGGUGUCAGUAUUCUGUCAGUGUCAGUGUCAGUGUAUGUGUGUCAGUAUGUUGAUCAGUGUAUGUGUCUGUGUGUGUGUGUGUCAGUAUGUCGGUAUAUGUGUCUGUGUGUCAGUAUGUCUGUAUAUGUGCCUGUGUCAGUAUGUCUGUCAGUACGUCUACCAGUGUAUGUGUCUGUGUGUGUGUCAAUAUAUGUACCUGUGUCAGUGUGUCUGUCAGUGUAUGUGCCUGUUUAUCUGUAUGUAGUCAGUGUAUGUAUCUGUGUAUCUGCUUGUGCGUCAGAGUGUGUACCUGUGCAUCUGAGCCGCAACUUUAAAUACAAAUACACCCCUCAUUCAAACUUCAACACUACAUAUAAAACACACUCCUGCAUUGAAACGUCAACACUACAUACAAGCACACUCCUACAUUCAAAAACAAACACUACACAUAAAUGCACACUUGCAUUCAAACUCCAGUACCACAUACAAACACAUUCACACAAACAUACUCCAUACAAACACAUGCUUACAUUCAAACAUACUAACAUGGCUCAGUGCUAAAUACAACCCUGCAAGCAUGGGAAAUUGGUAGAGUCCCAGCUGUCAAAGCAUUGUUGGAGUUGCACGACAGAUGGGGUUCUACCUUUAGUCCAACCUUGCAAUUGGGGUCCCAAUAAAAUUCAUUCUACUUUAGUACCGCCACUGCGUUGGGAUGGAUGCCGUGAUUGCAUACCAGGGAGUGAGGGGCGAGAGCGGCAGGGCACAGGGGGCCCAAGCAAACACUUGCCCAGGGUCCAUUCGUUAUUAAAGACGGCCCUGUCAACAGUGUCAAAGGCAGGAGAGAGGUCAAGAAGAAUUAGUAUGGAGUAGUGUCAUGUUAAGUCCUUUUAGUCCUGUGGCCUAAAUGAACAAAAAAUGCUUUGAAAAGGUUGGUAUUUUUUUUUUAUGUAAAGAGCUUUGCAAUCAAAAGUUGUAAAGCAUUUAAAAUCAAAAAGAAUCUUAAGGAUGUGAUUAGAGGAGUAUCUUUUUCAUGUAUAAUAGUACUGAACGUUCUGUGAAUUUGUCCUUGGAGUUUUCAAAAGAGUUUUUCUCAAACACCCUUUUGUUGCUUAUUUACUGUUGACUCCAGUAUCUUCCUCCCCUCUUUAUAUUUUCAACAUUUAAAUCAGCUUUUAAAUUGUUUGUACAUUAUUUUCUGUCUGCUGGAAUAGCUACCUUUCCUCUUUGAUGGACGAUCUUCAACUAUUCUUCAUAAAGCUCUAGUAGGACUUUAUAAUGUAUUUUUCCUUUGUAUCUGUUCCACUGAAACCAAAACUGGGCGUAGGAGACCAGGUAAAAACUUUGUAGCACUGAGUGUGUCCUCUCUCACGUGUGCCAUUACACACAAAAUCAGGACUUUUAGAAUAUUCUUUAGAUCAUUAAUUCCAAGUAUAUCAUGAGGUCUGGCUAUUGUUUGGGUUUAUUCAAAAUCAUGCAACAAAAUAGCCCACAGCAAUGUGUAAUUUAAGAAUGAUUUAUAUAAAUAAUGUCAUACAAACUCUGUAUAUUUUUUUGUAUAUUAGUUUUUAUUGAAGUCUGACAAGUCUCAAAACCAUGUCUACCUGACUUGGCAGUACAGUAACAAACCUAUUUACUGAACCCCAAAGUUUGUCUGUAUUGGACAACAUUCUCUAAAAAUGUCUGAAUUUUGGCUGGAUUGGUAAUUUUCUUAAUUACUAAAGCCAGGUCUGUCAGAAGUCUGCCAUCAUGACUAUAUUUGAAGCAUUUGCUCUGAUGCAUUCAGUGAUAACCUUAUAAUUCAUGCUUUCAUAUCUGAAUACAAUUUAAAGAUUAAAGCUUAUUUUAUUCAUUCCUAAUAAGGUCAGUGUCCAUCAUGGCUGCUGUGUCUCUUAGCUCUUAUCUCAUCAAAGGGCUGAAGGAACAGUACAUGAAGUUGCCCCAAGGAGGUAAGGUGCAGGUCACCUACGUCUGGAUCGAUAAAAAUGGGGAAGGAGUCUGCUGCAAAACUAAGACACUGGACUAUGAGCCCAAGUCCAUAGAAGGUGAGAAAAAGACACUUUAAUGCCCACAUGACAUCCCAUCCCACCUGCCAUGUUUCUGGCAGACGCCUUGUGAAUUAUCAGAUGAUAGAAAGUAUCACUUCCGUCUAAAAUUGAACCUUCAACUGGAUCCUCCUGAUGUUUGAGUCUCUAGUGAUGAUGAUGAUUCUCCUGGUUUCCCAUGGUAGACAGUCAAGUGUAAAUAGAAUGAAGUGAUUUUAAGAGUUUGCCAACUGACAAAGAAAUUAUCAGUCUAUAAUGGUAGGUGUAUUUUAACAGUGAGAGACAGAAUAACAGUAAAGAAAAAUUGAGAAAAAUGCAUGUCAAAAAAUUAUACAUUGAUUUGUAAGUGAAUGAGUGAAAUAAGUAUUUGAUCCCCUAUUAAUCAGCAAGAUUUCUGGCUCCCAUGUGUCUUUCAUACAGGUAACAAGCUGAGAUUUGAAGCACUCUCUGAAAAGUAUAAAUUAUCCAUACAUUGUAAAAGAAAUUUUUCCCCAAUUCUUAGAUGUCACCCCAAAACCAUAGCCUACACCCCUAACCGACCGCACAUGACGUGUAUGCCCAAAAUAGUUCCACUAUUUUUUUCGAGCAGCCAAAACAUACGAAAUCCCAGGGCUAGAGCGUUCGUGACUUAGUUCGGCUUAAUCCCCUCGUUCGUAUACUGGUUCUCAGAAAGUACCGCUUCGUUCAGUUGGAUUUUCAUGAACAUCCAUGAGGCUGGAGGCUUUAGCUGUGUUCGUGCCGUCGAGUGUCCGAUUUGGGUUCCAGACGCUCAACGACCAAACACCGCUGGUGUUAUUCGUAUGCCAAAAUGGCUGCCACCACGUGUUCAUCUAUACGAACGAAGGCCACCCUGACUAUCACACAGGGUUUCGGGUAUUUGUGGUUAACCAGGUAUGCUGAAGGUUAAUAGGGUCAAUUGGUGCCACACUGUCCUCCUGGGUGGCCCGGUUGUUCGGUACUUUGUUUGGCAAACUAUAUAGGGUAAUCCAUAUAACUGGUGUUUGUACCGAACAAAUACACAAAAUUACACAAUUACCCAGUGUUGCAAUGGAGGGAUACAAUAGAACAGAAUGAAAUACACACACAACGGUAUGGACAGCCUCUAGCACCAAAAAGGGGCACUAAACUAAAGCCCAUUCCGCUACAGUGUUUAUAGGGGAUGUAAAGUGUGUAUGUGGGCAUGUGCAGGGGCUUGGGAUAGAGGCUGUAUUGUGUGUUUGCUUGUGAUGGAUGUAGUAUGUCCAUAUAUUUGUGUAUGUAUUUACAUAGGAGCUCUAGCAUGUUUGCAUAGAGGCUGUAGUGUGCGUGUAUUGGAGCUGUAGUGUGCGUGUGUAUUGGCGGAGCAAAGGGUUAGAAAUGUAAUGUGUUUUUAAAUCAGUAUUAACCAUUGUAAAAUGUAUUAUCCCUCCCUUUUGAAAGUAUUGGGAGGAUCCUGCUAACUGGUUCUAUGGAUAUUCUGAAGGUUGGGCAUCUAGUCUGCACAUCUAAUGGGUGCAGACCAUUUCUAUUGCUUUUGCAAGCCAGUGUACUAUUGAAUGCAUGAAAGUGUUACUGUAAAUACCUUCAACGAUGCCCUGAGUAUGACAGGAGCAAUACACAUGGUUUGCACUUGUCUGAGGUGCUGACCUGAAGCUCUCUGGGCUAUUUAGAUUAGAGUGUGCUGGCUUGGUUAGAAUGAUCUUUGAUCUCCUCACUGACCCAUAAAGUGAUAGAACAUCUACUUCUGGCUGGUGACACAUCAGUCUGGCAUAGGUCAGCCUAGGAGAUUCUUUGACCUAACCAGAUUGCAUUCGCUCAGGCAUUUGGUCAGUUUGCCCAGUACCAGUGCAUAACUGCUCAGGAUCACAGAAAACCUGUUCUGAAAUGUCAAGAAUGACACCAAUAUAAAGAAUGCUAAACUGAAUCUGAACAGCACUUCACUUGCUAAAAGGUCUCCCACGCUUGACUAAAUUUGUAGGGUAGAUUUGCAUUUUGGAAUGUGUAAAAAAUGUUGAAACACAACAUACUUAAUAUUCUUAAAGUGUGUCCGAUAAGGAGGAACUCUAUACAGAAAAUAUAUAUCUAUACAUUUUUAGAUGUUGGUACAAAGAUAAAAGCUACAAAUAUGGUAUUGACACCGAAAUAUCAUUUUUUUUUAAACUUAAGUUAACUAUUUACAGAUUGCUAAAAUGGAGCUGUUCCCAAUGUUUCUAAUAAGUAACUAUUGGAAGGCCAUCCACAGCCUUAAUCUUAUCAUCUUUCAUCUCUUCCAAAUAAGUAGAAGUAGGGAAAUGUAAGGAUAUAUUAUGGCCAUUUGUUACAGUUUUUACCCAUGUGUAAUGAUGCCCCCAUUUCUUUUAGGGUACCGCUCUAUCAAGAAGUCCCUUUUCUGUUUUGUUCCUGUUUUUUUAUGUUGAAAAGGUUAGUAUAAAAUAUACAGAUUUGUCCAGUUAUCUUCGUGUUUUUUCCUAUAUCAGAGAUCCCAGAGUGGACCUUUAAUGGGCUUGGCACAAGGCAAGCAGAAAGUGAUAACUGUGGCAUGUAUCUCGUCCCGGUCAAAAUGUUCAGGGACCCUUUCAGUCUAGACCCCAAUAAGCUGGUGUUGUGUGAAGUUCUGAAAAGCAACAGAACACCUGCAGGUAAGAAUUUUACAAAUAAAUUAUUUUACCAAAUGUAUUGUCAUGUAUACUAAACUGUUAGCAGUCGUUGGCUGUCCACUUCAACUAAACUAGGUAAUGGUAUAUGCCAUUAGUAAUAUUCAAAGGCAAGUCUCAGAGUUCUCAGUCAAAGUGUUUUGACCCACAAUUAAAGCACAGAUUUUAAACUAGACAUAAAAUAAAUAUAAGCAAAUGGUGCAGAUUUGUUCAGGAAGACUUUAUUUUGACCAGAUUUGGCUUUAGUGAAUGUUAGAAUUGUCAGUCUGGUCAGAAUUCGGUAAUUUUCCCCAAAUUUUCUCCAUAUAGAUAAACGUCUGUGUUUAGAUUAAUCCUGCAAGUAAUUGCAGAACCAUCAUCACUUAGUCACAAUAACCCACCUGAUCCUAUUGGAUUAAUUACAUUGGAUGCUAGAAUAUUGAAUACAUUGAAUAACGGAUGCAUGGAUGUAAUGACAAUGUGAAUAUCGCGGGCAGCUAGUGAAUGGUGUCAGGAGUUUUAAGCAGAAAUUAUAGCAUUAUUAAUCAUUAAAGGUUAUUAACAUAGAUUUACUGAAAUAUGAAUGCAUUGUUUUAUAUUCUUUGGUCUUGUUUUUUGUUCCAAUAUCUCGUGAGUUUUAUUUGUUUCUAAUAUUAUUGCGGAGAAGAGAAUUCUGUCUUGAUUCGAAGCUAGACCUGAUUAUCCCUAAAAAAAAAAAAACAAUUGUGUCUGCAUUCCUGCAUCAUGUAGGUAAGCAAUUAGAGGAUGUAUCAAGUAUGAUAUUGUAUUUUACUAUUAGGGUACCCUCAGUUGGUCAUCACUGUUAAUAACAUAAUUAAAUAUUUCUGGGAAAAAAGAUAAUUUGACCUUAGCUCUGUGUACAUGAUGUAAGUAUAUAAAAGUCUUGAGAUGCACAUACCUAAUUCUAGAGGGUUUUUCUUCCAAAUAUAACCCAUUUAAGGAAUUGGCUGUCAAUUUAUUAAGUUUCUACAGCCUUUAAUCUCAUUGCUAGUCUCAUUUUUUAUUUUAUUUAUUUAUUACUGAUAUUUAUAAAGUGCCAACAGAUUCUGCGGCGCUGUACAAUUGGUGGAGAACGUACAAUAUACACAGACAAAUACAAGAGGUAGAGAAUUGUUGUCAAUAGCGUCAGUAACCGCGUUUGUAUCACAGUUGGCAGAUGUCCGACAAUCUUAGAAGUAACCUUUGCCCCCCUGCUGAACUUGGUGAGGAAUAAGAUGUAAUAAUGUAAUGCUUAGCACUAUUGGUAAAUGAUUCUGUCAAAGGAACUCCAUGUACAUUUAUUACACAUUGAAUUGUGGUGCAUUGGAACACAAAUUGUAAAAUUCAGAAACAAAAAAGCUAAUUUGGCAAAACUGAUCCAACCCAGCUGUAGUUACAACUUGUCUCUAUAGAUUUAAACUUUGCUGUUCGGUUUGUAAUUUACUAUAUUUUGGAAUUCACUGAAUACUCAGCCUUGUGGAUUUACUUUCCUUAUUCACUUGCAGAAAGCAACCUGCGUCAGACUUGCAAAAAAAUAAUGGACUUGGUGAAAGAUCAUCGACCUUGGUUUGGGAUGGAACAAGAAUACAUCUUACUUGAUAUCAAUGGUCAGCCUUAUGGUUGGCCCGAUAAAUAUAUCCCAGGACUAAGAGGUAAUAAACUUUACACAGAAACAUUAAAUGUAUGUAUGGCUUGAGUAUUAAUAUGAUUCAGUAGAGUGGAUUAAUUAAUUUAUUUUAACCAUCACAAUUCAUGAUUUAAAGAUUAACGAACCAUCUGCACAUAGCAUGACUUAUAACCACAUGCUUUCUGAAUAACGCUGUUCUGCUCUCAUCAAGGUUCUCUUAGCUUUGAAAAUGUUGAUAGGAACUCUAUGUUACAAACUUACCUGUACCCGGCUCCCGUGUCUCCCAUCUCCUUGGGCCACGCUGGCAGAAUGCACCGCGUGGCUGCACUACUGCAGUCCUCAGACCACACGGCUUGAGUGCUUCACGUGGCCGAAUGGCCUGAAUAGUAUACUCGCCUUCAGUCCCACAAACUGCUCCCUCUGCUGGUUCCUUGGCCGAACUGCAGCUCCUUAAAUAAAUUAUUACUAUGACGUCACAACCUUAAAGUCACCACGUCAUCUAGAGGACCCAGUGCUGUUUGGGGUCGCAGAGAUGAUGUGGACCAAUGGGAACUCUUCUGAAUUUAUUUAAGGCCUGUUCUAGCCUUAACUCAUUGCCUUAUCAUGGUUUCUUGUUAGAUCCUCGUUUAGUGCUCCUAGAGAUUCCCUUGUGAUUUUCUGUGUUUGACCUCGGCUUCAUAUUUGACCCGUGAUUUCUGAUAACCUGACCUCAGUUGACUGACUUGCCUAAACCUAACCCCUAGAUUAUUUUUAAAUCUUUCAACAGGUCACUCAUACUGUGGUGUUGGGAUAGAAAAAGUCUUUGGACGUGAUAUUGUAGAAUGUCACUACAAGGCUUGUCUUUAUGCUGGUAUUGAGAUCUGUGGCAUCAAUGGAGAAGCUAUGCCAUCACAAGUACGACAUAUAUGCUUAAAUUCCUUAUUUGCCUUAUUUGUCUUGUCCUGAUGUGUAUUACCUGUUGUUGUCACUGGUUCAUUAUGGAUUUGUUUUCCUAACUCUUUAUUAGCUACUUCUUGUGUCUAUAGUAAGCUUUCAAAAUUAGUAUGAAAACUUAAUGCAUCUGUGCACCCUGAUGCCUCCAAUUUGGACAGCGGCUACCAAGCAUCUAAGAAUGCAGUGGUACGGAUCUAAUAGCUGGACAUCCUCACUGUGAACUCAUUCAUGCAACCAAAUUUACCUAAUCCAUUUGUUUUUACUUUGAUUUCUUAGUGGGAAUUCCAAGUUGGCCCCUGUGAAGGCAUCGAAAUAGGAGAUCAUCUAUGGAUGGCUCGGUUUAUACUUCACCGUAUCUGUGAAGAUUUUGGUAUUGUGGCCACUCUUGACCCAAAACCGAUGCCCGAUUACAAAUAUGCUUCUGGCUGUCACAUCAACUACAGCACAGAAAACAUGAGGACGAAAGGUGGAUUAAAGUGAGUUGUGAUUGAGUUGUGUCUUCGCACUAAAACUAAAUUAAGGCUUUGGGGGCUGUGCAUAACUCACACUUCAGCAUCUUGACAGGAGAAUUACUGGUUUGGAUUGUCAUUGCUCCACUUUUAGAACUUUGAUUCCUGUUUUUCCUAUUUGGCAAUGAGUAUUUUUAUAGACCAAGUAAAAUACAUGUAGAUGGCACAUUGAUUGAUUGAUUUUGUGAUAACUGAUUCGUUUAAGCAUACCGUAAGUUCGUCAUUCUUUUAUUGAAAAAAAUGUAAACAAACUAUUUAAUAAAUGCCCAAUCUAUUUUUCCUACAGGGAUAUUAAAGAUGCAAUAAAAAAAUUGGGAAAGAGGCACAAUUACCAUAUCUCUGUCUACGACCCCCAUGGUGGCAAUGAUAAUGCCCGUCGUCUGACUGGUGGUAUUUCGACCUCAAACAUCCAUGAAUUUACCACUGGCAUUAACAACUGCUCCGUUAGCAUUCGUAUUCCUCACCAAGUUGAGAAGGAGGGCAAAGGGUACUUUGAAGAUCGCCGGCCGUCUGCCAACUGUAACCCUUAUGCUGUUACUGAAGCUAUUAUCAGGACAACCAUUCUAAACAAGACUGGCAAUGAGACUAAAGACUAUGGAAACUGAACUGGAAGCUGGACCUCUUCUCUCUUUAAUUGCAAAAACACUAAAACCAAUUAUUCUUGCAUGUCUUCUAAAAAGUUUUGUUUUUGAGUUUAUCUUUAACCCCUUAAGGACCAAACUUCUGGUAUAAAAGGGAAUCAUGACAUGUCACAGAUGUCAUGUGUCCUUAAGGGGUUAAACCUUUGAGGUCCUACAUCAGAAUAAAUGUGACAAAAUAUUUUACCUCUUGCGGUCCAAUGUUGGCUGUACCCUGGAGAGUACUGCCGAUCCUCCGUGCUGGGUGCCACGAAUGUGCAUAUGUACUGCACGCGGCACCGAGGAUUGGCAGUACUCUCCAGGGAAAAUCUGACAUUGGACCUUGUGACAGAACCAUCUGUCUGCUGGAUUUUUGCCCGUUCGUCUGUUUGUCCCCGUUCGUAUGAAUGGCUGGUUUCUAUAGCCCAGCCAUUCGAAUGACUCUUUUUUCCCGAACAAAUCUGCCGAACGAACGGCCACCCAAGUGAG